AUGGCCACUAUUACACUAUUCCCACUGUCACUUGCCCACUGCAAAGUGCGAACCCCAAAUAUGAAAUCCCCGCAUCUUAUCAUCUUCCUCGUCAUCUUCUUCAUCAACGACUCGAUCGCAGCUGACCCUGCUACCAGCAUCAUCUUCACUACACUCGGCCGAUCAAGGUAUGCCUUCGAUAUAUUCUCCCUCCCAAUUGACACCACCGGCACUGAAAUCCAACUUACCGAUGGCAACUCCGUCAAUUUCAAUGGCUACUUCGCCUCUUCCUUCAAUGGGAAUCCCAUAACUAAUCCUACCUUUGUUAACCCACAAUCCACCCACCUCGUCUAUGUCACUGAACGCAACGGAUCAUCCUCCAUCUAUCUGGACUCAAUUUAUCACUCUGGUGUGGACAGCACCAGAAAACGUUCGGUCCUUGAAGCUGAGUUAACUCGUUACCAACACCGUCUCGUGGGAGGCAGCGGCGGACGGAUUUCGAUGAAAGACAGGCCGAGUCUGGUGGGUGAUUUCUUGGUAUACGUGUCGACUCAUGAGGAAACAGGUGUGGGUCGGACGAGUUGGGCUGCGGUUUACUCGACUCAGCUGUCAACCAAGGUAACUCGCCGGUUAACACCUCAAGGAGUAGCCGAUUUCAGCCCCGCUGUGUCUCCGUCGGGUUUGUGGACGGCGGUGGCUUCUUCCGGAGAAAAAGGUUGGGGUGGGGAGGUGCAGGAACUCGAUACGGAUAUAUAUGUUUUCUUGACUCAGGACGGGUCAAGACGAGUCAAGGUGGUGGAGCACGGUGGUUGGCCGAGUUGGUCAGAUGAGUCGACAUUGUUCUUCCACCGGCAGAGUGACGAUGGGUGGUGGAGCAUUUAUAUGGCGAUUCUUCCAAAAAAUAAGCCCUUCACGGUUAACUCGGUGACGACUCAACGAGUCACUCCACCGGGUCUUCACGCGUUCACCCCAGCUGCUUCAGUAACCAAGAAGAAUAUUAUUGCAGUAGCAACCAGACGACCCGGUUCAGAUUACCGUCAUAUAGAGCUAUACGACAUAGUUUCGGGCUCAUUUAAGGACUUGACCCGAUCAAUUGCUCCACGGGCCAAUCACUAUAACCCAUUUAUAUCACCGGAUUCUUCCCGGGUCGGUUAUCACAAAUGUAGAGGGUCCGGAAGCAAUAGAGAGAUGAUAAAGAAUGACAUGUUUCUUGAAAAUAUCCAAACCCGAAAACCCGGGAUUUCCCUAUUUCGGAUCGACGGAUCAUUUCCUUCAUUUUCACCCGAUGGAAAUCGAAUCGCUUAUGUACGUUUACCAGGUCUUUACGUGGUUAACAGUGACGGGUCGGGUCAUCGAGAGAUUGCCCCGGAUAUUACUGCAUUUUCAACAGCCUGGAACCCCACGCUCAAAGGUGUGGUCUACACAAGCAUCGGACCCACCUUUGCUAGUGAGGUCACAAACGUUGAUAUAUUCGCAGUAGAAGUCGAUAAAGAUGAACCGACUUUUACAAAACUCACAUUCGGUGGACAAAACAAUGCGUUUCCAUCGGUUUCACCCGAUGGAAAAUAUAUCGUUUUCAGGUCGGGUCGAUUCGGCCAUAAGAACUUGUACAUCAUGAAUGCCCUUGAAGGUGAAAAAGGUGGUCUCACUCAAUUGACCAAUGGACCAUGGUCUGACACAAUGUGUAAUUGGUCCCCAGAUGGGGACCACAUUGCAUUUGCGUCAGACCGUCAUAACCCUGGUUCGGGUAGUUUCGCGCUGUAUAUGGUCCACCCAAAUGCGACUGGGCUCCGACAACUGAUCCAUAGUGGAUCGUCUGGACGUACGAACCACCCAUGGUUCAGUCCAGAUGGAAAGUACAUUGUAUUCACUUCGGAUUAUGCGGGUGUUUCAGCAGAACCGAUAUCCAAUCCACAUCACUAUCAACCGUAUGGAGACAUAUUUACUAUGAAAUUGGAUGGUUCGGAGUUGACCAGAUUGACACAUAACUCGUAUGAAGAUGGGACACCAUGUUGGGGUCCUAAGUUUAUGAAGCCGGAGAACAUUGAGUGGCCAAAAGGUGAGGAAAAAUGCUCGUUUGAGGAUUGCACGUGGCUGGCGAUAAGUAACUCGCAUGAUGGUGAAAAGAUCCAAUGUGGUGGUUAA